UCGGAGGGGGACUAAUGUCUACGUUGAUUGGUCCAACUUAUAAGUCACGCCCCCCACGGCGCGCCAUCUGUAGAAGCUAUGCCGUCUUUUUUAGCAAAACAUUGACUACUUGAAUAAUUACUUUGACUACGCGAAUUACUACCAGAAUGGACGGAAUGCUGAACUCUGAAAAGUGGACUGAUGCGGAGGUGCAGGCGCUGCUGGCCAUGUACGCCAACGAGGAGGUGCAGAGGGACCUGGAAGGAUCCACAAGAAACAUUAAAAUCUUCGGGAAGAUCUCCAGUGAGCUAGCGCAAAUGGGGGUUUACCACACGGUCAAGCAGUGCAGAGAGAAGGUGAAGAAGCUGAAACAAGACUACAAGAAGAUAAAGGACCACAACAACCAGUGCGGUGCGAAUCGCAAAACGAGCAAGUGGUACGCCACACUGGACAGUAUUCUUGGCCACCGUCCAGCAUACUCUGGCAACGCCGCCAGGAAGGACUCUGCCACCGGGUUCUUGGAGACGAUCGUCGGCUCAGAGUACACUCCACCGUCGGAUGAGAGUCUUCAAGAAAUGUGGGCGCGCCACACCGUUCCGUGGACUGUCAACGAGGUGCAGACUUUCCUCGGCAUCAUGGGUGAAGAGGAAAUACAACGAGAGCUGGAUGGAUCGGCGAGGAAUAAAGCGGUUUUUCAGCUCGUUUCUCGGCGCAUGGCUGCCCACGGCUUCCAUCGCACGUCCGAGCAAUGCAGGAUAAAAAGUAAAAAGCUCCGGAGCGACUACAGGAGAAUCAGGGACCGCAACAGUCAGGGUGGUGUAAAUAGGAAAAGCUGGAGAUGGUUCGACGUGAUGGACGCCAUCUACGGCCACAGGCAGGCGAGCAUUGGAAGAGAGGGGGGCCUCGACUCGGCCACGGCUUUGCUGGAGUCCAUGGUGCAGCCGCACGAUUCCACUUCUACAAGCAACAACACAAGCGCUGGUUGUACACCGACAACCUCCAGCAGCAAAAUGACGCCGCAGCGUCUAGUAAUGGAUUCCACCACUACGACUAACAUUCCUGUAAGCUACAACAUCACCUUCAUCCCCUGCCCUCCACCAGCCCAAACACCUUGCCCCACAGAGGACUCACAAGACCCAGAUUCCUACUCCAUGCAAGUAGAAGAUGUUGGCAUCCCGUGUAACAGUACAACAGUGACUCUCUCUGCACUGGAAAUGUCCGACAAAGAUAAGGCCUUGCACAUCUGGUCAAGUGAUGAGGUCCAAGCACUGUUGACACUUUGGGGAAAUCCCACUGUUCAAGAAGAGCUUCUCCUCAACGUGAGGAAUAAUAAAGUUUACACUGGCCUCAGUACUAAACUAGCGGCGCUUGGAUUCAACAAGACACCACAGAAGUGCAGGGAGAAAAUCAAAAAACUGAAGCAGGAGUACAAGAGAAUCAAAAACAGUCAGCCCAACAGCAGCCAUAGAAGUGUAUGGUUUGCCAUCAUGGAUGACAUCCUCAGUUCCACGGCUGCAGCACCAAGAUGUUCAGAAACAACCGAGCCCUCGCUGCUCAGUCAGUCACAGUCUGCCCUGGAUGUAGAUACCGAUGAUGACACCCAGUGGUUGCUUGAUGAAGUCCAAGUUCUGAUGACCCUCUGGGCACAACCAAACAUUCAGAAACAGCUUCUCAACACAGCAACAGUCGAUCAGGUCUUUGAAUACCUCAGCAGCGAACUCACGUUUGUGGGGUUCAACAAGACCCCACAUCAGUGUCGUCUUAAAGUGAAUAACCUUAAGGAGGAGUACAGGAGAAUCAAGGAAUUGGAACCAUACAGGGACGUUCGAAACGACUGGUUUGCAAUUUUGGAUAGCGUCCUUGGCCCUGGUGGAGAGACUUCUACAGAGGUGGAUUCAUCUGCUGCGCUGACACAACCUAAUUCACCAAAAGUCGAGCAUGUGAAUGAUAUGUCGCGGGCUGUUUGGACGUCCGAUGAAAUCAAAGUGCUGCUCACCCGAUGGGCAGAGGAGAGCAUCCAGGAGGAGCUUAGAUCAACUCAGAGAAACGAGAGAGUGUUCGCUCAGCUGAGCUCCGAGCUCGCCACUCAGGGCUUUGAUAAAACCACCAGCCAAUGCAGGUCCAAAAUAAAAUUGCUGAAACGAAAGUACAGAAGGACUAAGGAACAGAAGGAAUCUAAAAGGACGAAAGGCAGAUGGUUUGCCAUCAUGGAUAAAGUCCUUGGUCGUUGUAAACCAGUGUCUGAGACUGAACGAGAAGCUGAAGUCAUGGAUUCAGCCCCUACAUUUCUACAGACAUCACAGCAAGACCUUUCUGAAACAGUAGAAGACUUAGGAUGCCGCCUGUCCGUCUCCUCAUUGUGUCUCCUGGUUCCAACCCUGCGUCUGAUGUGUGCCUUUGCCUGGCGAGUGAUCCAGUGUUGUAAUGUCCUACAUUAUGGAAAGGUGGAGGAGCUGGUGAGGUUGGUGACGGAGCUGGCUCCAGAGUUGCUGACGCCCAGAGAGAGAGUGCAACUCCUGCUCAGACUAAGGGCAAGGGUGGUGUUGGAUUUGUGUCGCUGUGAGAGCACAGCUAACCUCGUGUAUAUCCAGCCCCACCUGACGGUCAUUCAAAACCUCACAACGGGCUCCACUUGUGAUCAGGAGGAAUUGGAAAAUUCUAAGUCAAACUUUGUGGAAGUUGUUUAUACCCUGCUCGAGGACACGGAGAAGAGAAAUGUGUUUUUCAAGGAGGUCUUCCACAUCCACUAUGGCCAGCAGUAUGAGGCCACAUUGCAUACAUUGGUAUGGAAAUUCAUCUCAAGACUGGAUAAUCUUUUGCCUGUACCAGAUAUCAAACAGACUGCUGAGUGGCUCAGCACUGCCCCCUCUGUCAUGGAAGAAUGUGGACAGCUGGUUUUGGAACCAGAGCAGCUGAAGGCGCUACUGCACUUCCACCAGCAACAGUCAGGAAGCACAAACAAACGCUACUCUCAAACUCAGAAUAUGUUUUUGCCGAGGCUGUCCUUUCCUCACGAACCAAACUCGAGGCAACUUGCUUCAGAGCAACAGGCAUCGUCUACAGGCGACACAGAUGGACAGUCUGAUUAUAGCGAGGAAAACCAAGGUGAUGAUGAACUGGCUCUGGAGGACCGUAGCAAAGGAGAUGAAGUCCUGGAGAUAAAAGAAGAGUUGAAAGAAGAACAAAGCGAUGACCUAACCGCAGCCAACUGCUCAAAUUUAAACAAUCGUAUGCCUUUAGGACUGCACACCUGCUCUUUGUGUCCCUACUCUGACGGCCAAGUGUCAGGUCUUCUGCAGCACAUCAGAAAGGCCCAUCUGAGUCUGGAACCCAGCCGACUGCAGUCCAAAGAACCUAGGACAGCCACUGUCCUUCAGAAAGUAGACCCUGAAACAUGCACUCCUGAGACACUGCCCUUCCACUGCGACGAGUGUGAGAAGAAGUACUCCUCGAGGGCGUCUCUGAAUGUGCACCGCCGGAUUCACACGGGCGAGACGCCAUAUUUGUGUUCGCACUGUGGCCGGGGCUUCAGAACUUCAAAUGGCCUUAAUUUUCACGUUCGAAUACACACAGGAGACCGGCGCUAUAAAUGUCCCAUUUGUGGGAAGACUUCGAUCCAGCACAUGAUGAGACACAUGCGGAUGCACAGAGGGGAAAAGAACUUCCUGUGUACAGAAUGUGGGAAAGCUUUUCUCACCUCCGGGGAGUUAAAGCUCCACACGAGGUCUCACACGGGCGAGCGCCCCUACACGUGCAAAGACUGCGGGAGAGGUUUCACAGCAAAGUGCCUAUUGACGGUUCACAUGCGGCGUCAUACAGGAGAGAGCCCUUAUAGGUGUUCAGUUUGUCCCAAAUCCUUUAAGACUUCGAGAAUGCGGAAAAGGCACAUGAUGAUCCACUCAAACAACAAGUCUUUCCAGUGUUUAAAGUGCGGUAAAAUCUUCAGGCACAAAGACACUUUUAAAAUGCAUGUUCAGACACACGAUUGAAAGUAGUAGCUGGUGUUUUUAUACAACAAUUGUAAAAUAUUUGUAUGUCAUUCUGGUUUAAACAGUGCAACUUUCAGUAUGGCCAAGCAGUCAGAUUUUAUUUAUAUUAUAUUUUAUUAUUUUUUAGAUAUUCCCAUAUCAUCUGUAAGCUCGUACUGACCCUGCUUGUAUAUCAGCAAGGCCCUAAUAAUCAUCAACCAUAAUAAUCAAAAUAUAGUACCUCCCUUAAUGCAUGAAGGACCAUUAUUUUCUGAAAACUAUGCAAAGGCAUUCCAAAAACAUGGCACUUAGUGCACACUUAUUAUUAAGAGUUUGUGUGAGCCACAGAAGUUGUUGCUAUCCAGUUGCAUCAUGGAAAUUGUAGGAUCUAGUGUUUUGGUGGUUUAGCUUAACUCAGAACUAAAAAGUCAGGAUAUCCCAGUCACUGCACAGAUUUUGAAUAAUCUUUUUUUUUUUAUAUAUAUAUGUUUAUUGUGAGUCCCCUUAAGUUAGUUAAUUAAAAUGCAAUGCUAAAUCACUGGAGAGCUCCUUUUUUAAAGGUUGCUGCUUGUUUGUCUCCCCAAAAUACACAAUGUCAUCCUGGCAUACGUGCGACCGUCCUGUGGCUUGUCCCACGGCAGGAGCAGCGUGUCAGGAAGGCCUAUCAAGGGUUCUCCAACCAGAGCUCUUAGCAAUAAUGCCAACACAAAGCCAGAGCAGGCCAGGUAGUGGUUCACCCACCGAGAUAAGGUGCCAGAACAGGUGAACAGACCAUGUUGUCACGGCCAGGCCUGCCCCUAUUAUUCCACACAGGAGGAUCAACACGCACACAAGCACACACACAAGUUGGCAGUUGGCAAGAUCGCAGGGUGUGUGGAAUACACCAACUACCAAUUCUACAGUAUAGUGGCCACAGGGAACACAGUUCUGUUUGUUAUUUUCACAUAGAUGCACAAUUCUAACAUUGUAGACUCAUUACAGCUUCUCCUUUUGGCCUAGGUUUCUCCUACUCCUAGUAUGACAGAAAUGCUUAUUCCAAGAUGGCAAAGAAAAUGACAAUAUAGUUAAAUCUAAGUACUGCCAGAUGGUGCUGCUGCCCCAAUGAGUGACGGGCUCCAGCAUAGCAGGUGAUCUUGUUUAUCACAUAAAUUACAAAGUAUUUCCCAACCACAGAAUUAUGUCAUUUACCCUUUUUGCCUAAACGUAUAUCAACAGUCUGGACUUUUAUUGCAGCUGACACCGCUUUUCCAACUUUGUUACCAUCAUACUCUCUGCACGGGAUUUACUCCUCACUGCCACUGACCCCGACCUCUUAGUGUCACUUCUCUCGCCUCUGGUUUGACCCCCCACCAACCCCCCCGGAUCUUAUAGAGCCAGCCACACUGAUUCAGAAAGCCAGCCCACAGUGAGCUCACUGGGUAAGUCUGCUGCUGUUGACAUCCAUAUGACUACAUGGGAUUGUUGAGGGUGCUUAGUCAUUCAAGACAUUUGCUGUAAUGACUUGACCCUGUUUGAAAAGGAGCACAGCGGAAUGGAGCUCAAUGAAUAGAGGAACAUAUGGGCUAAUGUAGUGCUGGAAAUAUGCGAAGCAUGAAUGACAUGGAAAACAAAUGACUGUUAGUGUAUGUUAUGUUGAGGUUCACAUGAAUAAAUA